AUGAAUCAUGAGACAUUAGAACAACAAACUGCACCCGAGAGUACUCGAGGUUUGUUUGAUCCUCCCGAGAUUUCUAUUUCAAGAAAUUUGUCAGACAAGCGUCGUACAUUUCACGGUCUUAGUUCUAAUCAGUUCGAUACUGGGCGAAACAGACAACCUGUCUCUAUGAUGCCUACACCACGUCAUCAAAGAAACUCUGAAAUUGUUGUAUCCUCAUCCAAAUCUACCAAUUCUUUAUUAAACAACAACCAUAGUAACAACAACAAGAAUCGCCGUAGUUUUGUUGGUUUACACACGCUCAAGGAAGAAAUGACGGUAGACUCUUUGCAGGAUAUGAUCAAUACUCUCAAGACUUUACCUCCCAUCACCACUCCCUCUCCCUCAAAGCUGGAGAGACGUCCUAGCGAUGAAAAUAUUUCUUUAUCAUCAAGAGAGGCUGCUUUGGCUGAAGCCGAGGCUAAAUUGAUGGGUACCUUCAGACGUACAAAUGACGACAAUAACAAUUACAUCAAAAAGCGUACCUCUCUUCAACAAAUGCCUGUGUUAAACGAAAACGGCGAAUCAUUCAUGGAUAACAAAAGAACAUCAAUGAAUAGUAAAUCUUUGAGCUUAUCUCUUAGCAAUGGCAAUCUCGAUAACAGAAAACAAAUGAAUCGUCGUUCUUCUCGUAAUUUCGAUGAAUGGAGAAAUAGUACCGCAUCUUCCACAAAUAAUGGUAACAACGGUAACAACAGUAACAGAUCAUCAUUUUCGCUUGUUCCUUUCACACCUACUCGAGUCAAUUUCUCUCGUGAUGAUGCCAACCCUCAUCAACGUCGACCUCUUUUCAUUGCUCAUUUGCCAUUCUCGGCCUUAACUCCGUUGUUUAGAGCAAGACAAUUAGUACGUGGUAUUCUUCGUGUAAACAAGCGUAAUCGUAGUGAUGCCUAUGUUGCGUGUGAUGAGUUGGAUGGUGGUGACAUUUACAUUUGCGGCUCUCGUGAUCGUAACCGUGCUUUAGAAGGUGACACCGUAGCUAUCCGUCUUGUUAAUGUUGAGAAAGUUAUUCGCGAAAAGCAGGAAAAAGAAGAUGCUAAAUUGGCCCGAAACAAUGGCCAAAACAAGACUCGCUUGCCCGAUGAGGAAGAUGAGAACGAAAUUAUUUUUGGCGGUGAUGAGGAAAUCGAUACCCUCAAGCCCAAAUACGCUGGUGUUGUCGUAGCUAUCCUUGAACGUGCUCAAAAUCAAGUGUUCUCAGGUACAUUGACUUUGUCAAGACCUAACAACAAGCGUGCUGCGUUACAACAACAGCAAGAAGAUGGGGAAGGAAAUGUGAAGAAGGAAGUUCCUAGAAUCGUUUGGUUCAAGGCCACUGAUAAACGUGUACCUUUAAUCGCUAUCCCUAUUGAACAAGUGCCUCAAGAUUUUAUUGAUCAUAAUGAGGCCUAUACCAACCGUCUCUUUGUUGGUUCUAUCAAGCGUUGGCCCAUUACUUCUCUUCACCCCUUUGGUACAUUGGAAAGAGAAUUGGGUGCUAUUACUGAUUUGGAUGUACAAAUCAAGGCUAUUUUAGCCGACUCUAACGUUUCUGACGCUCCCUUCAAUGAUGCUGUCAUGGAAUGCGUUCCUCCCAGUCCUUUCAAGUUCACUCCCCCUGGUGAUGGAAGCCGCCGAGACUUGACUUUGGAAAACGACCAUCGUAUGAUCACCAUUGAUCCUACUGGCAGCACUAUAUUCGAAGAUGGUUUGUCUAUUAUUAAAUUGGGUGAUGAUACUUACGAAGUUGGUGUUCACGUUGCUGAUAUUGCCUACUUUAUCAAACCUCACUCACCUUUGGACAAAGAAGCCAGAGCCAGAGCUGUCCAUGUUCAUCUCGAUCAAAAGGAUGUACCCAUGUUGCCUACCGAACUGUCCAAUGUUGCAAACUUUAACUUGAACGAAUUGAAACCUGCGUUCUCGAUUAUUUGGAAACUCAGCUCGGAUGGUAUGCUUUUGGAUACUUGGUUCGGAAAAACUGUUGUCAAAUCCUGUGCGCAACUCACGUUCGAUGAGGCACAAAAGAUAGUAGACGGAUUUGAUGAAAAUCAACAAAGCGAAGCGAUCAAAAACGAUGUUCGUAUGUUAUUUGAAAUUUCUAAAUACCUUCACGCAUCACGUUAUACCAAGGAAGCCAUGUCUUUAACCAAACAACAAUUGGAAUUCGAUGAUCCUAACCAACCUACCACCGCAACCAUUCUUAAUUCUAGACCCGACAUUGUCAAGAUCGUCAAGGAAUUCGCCUUUUUGGCAAACAAAUGUGUUGCUCAAAAAAUAUCUAGUCAAUACCCAGAACAAGCAUUAUUGCGUCGUCAAGCUCCUCCCAAUACCAAGAAGAUUCACGAUUUGAGAGAUUAUGCUUUACGUUAUUUAAGUGUUAAAUUAAACAUCACCAACGCAAUUUCUAUCCAAGAAUCUAUUCAAGAUAUCCAUGAUGUUGAAUUACGUCAGUUAGUAUCCGUUUUGGUAUUAAAGACAAUUCAACCUCCAAAAUACUUUUGUACCGGUACAUUUGAUAUUUUGAAAUAUUCCCAUUUCGCUACUGGCGUCCCUCUCUUCACACAUUUCACUUCGCCUAUUCGUCGAUAUGCCGAUAUUGUCACUCACCGUCAAUUGGAAUCUACAUUAGCCAAUGAGAAACACUUUUAUUUGGACCGCGAUACCGUCCAAAAGCUUGCUCAACACUGUAAUGUCAAGAAGGAAGCUAGUUUGGCUGCUCGUGAACAAAGUCAAUUGUUAUCAUUGGCCUUGUACCUUGUUCGCAAACAAGAUAUUCAGCAACAGCAAAAUCAUCAAGCCGUAGUAACCGGCACUCAAGUCACUACCACUGUGUACAGUGAAGCCCGUAUCAUUGCUAUCAUGCAAGAUGCAUUCGAUGUCUCCAUACCCGAAUUCGGCAUCGAAAGACGUAUUCAUCUGCCCAACUUACCUCUUUUGCGUCAUACAUAUGAUCCUAAGGCCCGUGCAUUGACCAUGUAUUGGAAACAAGGUGUGAUUCCUUCCACUGGAUUACAACAACAAUGGAGUUUAUCUGAUGAUGAAUACGAGGAAGAGGAAUUAUUAUCUGCAUAUCCUGAAAACUCACAAUCCAGUAGUAGCAGUAACAGUAGCAAUGUUUCUUUGGAAAACAACAAACAAUUUGAAGCCAUUGCCAUUGCUGCUGCAAAUGCAGGUAUCGUGCCUACUUCUUCUGUCUCUACAUCCAGAAAAUCUGCUGUCAAGAGAGCUUCCAUCAUCAGCUCUCGUUUAUCUGCCAGUACUGGAUAUAGCUCUGAACAAUCUUCGCAGACGAUUAAAGCCUUGGAUAAGAUUAGAGUCAUGCUCACCAUCGAAAUGGUCAGAACCCCUCCUUUGAUCCGAGUAUUCGCUGCUAAUCCUUACGCAUAA